AUGGCUGCCUGGUGCAGCAAUGUGAUAUGGCCUUGCUCCAAGCCCAAUUCCACAGUGCUCUUAAUCGGCGCCGUACUUUUGAUCGUUUCCUACUCGCUAGGGAAGCUGAUUUACAAUGUCUACUUCCACCCGCUUUGCGAAUACCCUGGCCCCAGACUCUGGGCAGCCACUAGAAUUCCAUACACUCGAUAUAUAGUUGCUGGACAAAUGCACAAAAAGAUACUUGAAUUACACGAAAAGUACGGGGCAAUCGUAAGAGUCAGUCCCGAUGAGCUUUCUUACAAUAGCAGCAACGCUUGGAGAGACCUUUACGGCCACGUCAAAGGCAAAACUGGCGACCACGGGAGGGAUCCCGUAGCCACCUAUGAUCAUAGGGAGGGGCUGUUUGGGGCCAAGCUCGAAGACCAUCCCCGUUUCCGCCGAGCUAUAUCACAUGGCUUUUCGGCACAAGCCAUGAUGGAGCAACAACCUAUCAUCGCAAAGUACGUUGAUCUCUUCAUCAAAAAGCUCAAUCAGCGCUGCGCCUCUGGUUCCCAGCCUUUGAACAUGGUCCAGUGGUACGACUUUGUUACUUUUGAUAUAGUCGGCGACCUGACAUUUGGGGAACCAUUCAACUGUCUACAAAACUCCGAAUACCAUCAGUGGGUCACAAUCAUCUUCGAAAAUAUUAAACUGGCCGCCCUCGGCAUUCAGGCCCGUCGAUUUCCCACCAUCGCCAAGUUGUUGGAGUAUCUCAUACCGGCUCGUUUGUUGAAGCAGCGCGAACAACAUAACGCGCUCACCAGUAGCAAGGUUUCGAAGCGGCUGGAGGUUGAAGGAGAACGCCAGGAUUUUAUGGAUUCCAUGUUGCAAAACUGGAAAAAUAAAAAUGAAUUCACCCGCAUCGAGUUGGAAGUUACUUCUGCGGCCUUGAUCAUGGCAGGAUCCGAAACCACAGCCACCGCCCUUUCCGCAAUCACCUACCUUCUAACCAAACACCCCGAAGCCAUGAUGAAGCUCUCCGACGAGGUACGGGGCUCGUUUGCUGCCGAGCACGAGAUCGACAUGAAUAGCGUGAAAAGGUUGCGCUACGUAAAUGCCGUCAUCAGCGAGGGCAUGCGCUUAUGUCCUCCAGUCCCCACGGGGUUUCCGAGAAGGGUUAGGGAGGGCGGAGGCCUGUUUCUGGGCCGCCAUGUGCCUGAGGGUACGCUCGUGAUGGUCUGGCAGUGGGCCGCAUACCACAGCCCGGAAAACUUUGCGCUGCCCGACUCGUUCAUCCCCGAGCGCUGGCUCGACGAGGAUGCUCGGUUCGUGAGCGAUAAGAAGAAUGCCUUUCAACCAUUUUCACUUGGUCCCAUGAGCUGUAUUGGCAUGAAUUUGGCAAAUGCCGAGUUGCGUUUCAUUCUAGCAAAGAUGGUUUGGAAUUUCGACAUGAAGUUGCACCCAGACAGCCAGAACUGGUUCGAUGGGUUGAAAACUUAUAUCCUGUGGCAAAAGCCUCCCCUGCACGUCUAUCUAACGCCGAGGACAGUCAAUGGAGGUAAGGAGGCUACUGAAGAUGUGGCAGGUGUUUAA